AUGAGAAUAGAAGCUUUCAAAUCCUAUGCAACUCUUUCACUCAUAUGGCUCUUUUCCCUCAUCAUCCUCCGUGCUUUCUUAUCCCGUUGGCGAACUAGAGUGUGCCUUCCCCCAAGUCCCCUGGCGCUUCCAAUACUCGGCCAUCUGCACCUCUUAGCUCCCAUCCCUCAUCAAGCACUCCACAAGCUCUCCCUCCAAUAUGGCCCCCUCAUCUCCAUUCGUUUAGGCUCCGUCCCUUGUGUUGUUGCCUCAUCAGCAGAAACUGCAAAAGAAUUCCUCAAGACUCAUGACAACUCCUUCUCUGACAGGCCCCUGUCAAAAGCUGUUUCCUACCUCACCUAUGGCUCUGCCGACUUCUCCUUUGCCCCCUACAGCUCAUACUGGAGGUACAUGAAGAAGCUCUGCAUGACACAGUUGUUAGGCGGUCGGACACUUGAACAGAACCUUCCUUUGAGGCGCCAGGAGAUUAUAAGACUUAUGAAAACACUGUUUGAGAAAUCAUUGAAGGGUGAGGCAGUCAAUAUAGGUGCAGAGCUUCAGAAAUUGACGAACAAUGUGAUAUGCAGGAUGGCAAUGAGCCGGACAUGCUCAGGAAAUGAUUUGGAGGCAGAGGAGGUUAAAAAGAUCGUAGAAGAGACAGCUGAGCUGACAGGGAAAUUUAACUUGGCAGAUUAUAUAGGAUUCUGCAGGAACUUGGACUUGCAAGGUUUUGAUAAAAGACUGAAAGACUUGCACCAGAGGUUCGACAACAUGAUGGAAGGGAUAUUGAAGGAGAAGGAGGAAAGAAAAGGAAAAGACACCGCUGAGGAAACAAAGAAAGAUUUGCUUGAUAUAAUGCUUGAUAUAGCUGGUGACAGUAAUGCGGAGAUAAAGCUAACAAGAGAAAACAUCAAGGCUUUCAUUUUGGAUAUCUUUGCUGCAGGCACUGAUACAUCAGCAAUCACAGUAGAAUGGGCACUGGCAGAACUCAUCAACCAUCCAAACAUACUCCAGAACGCUAGAGACGAAAUAAACACAGUCAUCGGCUUGAACAGACUGGUCAAAGAAUCCGACAUCCCAAAGCUCCCAUACCUCCAGGCCAUCGUAAAGGAAACUUUAAGGCUUCAUCCAACAGGCCCGAUGAUUGUCCGUGAAUCAACUGAAGGCUGUAAGAUUAAUGAUUAUGACAUCCCUGCAAGAACAAGGCUAUUUGUCAAUGUAUGGGCCAUUGGAAGGGAUCCAAAUCACUGGCCUGAACCACUUGAAUUCAAACCAGAAAGGUUUAUGAAUAGUGAUAAGGAGGUGGAUGUUAGAGGCCAGCACUUCCAUCUGUUGCCAUUUGGCAGCGGUCGAAGAGGCUGUCCAGGCACAUCGUUAGCCUUGCAAGUUAUCCAACCAACGCUCGCUGCCAUGAUACAGUGCUUUGAUUGGAAGGCCGAUAAUGAUCAAGGAAUGGUGGACAUGACAGAGGGACAAGGAUUGACACUACCUCGAGCUCAACCGUUGGUCUGCAGGCCCAUCGCUCUUCUACGUCCUAUGCCAAUCACUUGA